ACAACAACGCUGAACACGUGCAGUACUUUGGGUACCAUCUUCAUUGCACUCGCGGCCUCACUUUCAUGUUGAAUACGACCAUUCUCACGUUGAUCGUAGCUUGUUUCUUUUCGAACUCGGGGAUCAAGCACUGGAAGUUUGGUGGGAGCACAAGGCAAAGCAAAAUGCAGAUCUUCGUAAAAACGUUGACUGGAAAAACCAUUACACUUGAGGUUGAACCAAGUGAUACUAUUGAAAAUGUUAAAGCAAAAAUCCAAGACAAAGAAGGAAUCCCCCCUGACCAACAGCGAUUAAUUUUUGCUGGAAAACAAUUGGAAGAUGGACGUACACUUUCAGAUUACAAUAUCCAAAAAGAAUCGACACUUCACUUGGUGUUGCGAUUAAGAGGUGGUGUUAUUGAGCCCAGUUUAAGACUUCUAGCGCAAAAAUACAACUGUGAUAAAAUGAUUUGCAGAAAGUGUUAUGCUCGUCUUCACCCGCGUGCCAAGAACUGCAGAAAGAAGAAGUGUGGCCACUCAAAUAAUUUGAGACCUAAAAAGAAGCUCAAGUAGAUUGUUUAUUAUUGGAAGAAUAAAUAACAUCCAGUUGAAUAGAA